UAAUGCCUGAACCAGCCAAAUCCGCUCCGGCGCCCAAGAAGGGCUCCAAGAAGGCGGUGACUAAAGCGCAGAAGAAGGACGGCAAGAAGCGCAAGCGCAGCCGCAAGGAGAGCUAUUCGGUGUACGUGUACAAGGUGCUCAAGCAGGUCCACCCCGACACCGGCAUCUCGUCCAAGGCCAUGGGCAUCAUGAACUCGUUCGUCAACGACAUCUUUGAGCGCAUCGCGGGCGAGGCGUCACGCCUGGCACAUUACAACAAGCGCUCGACCAUCACUUCCAGGGAGAUUCAGACGGCCGUGCGCCUGCUGCUGCCCGGGGAGCUGGCCAAGCACGCUGUGUCCGAGGGCACCAAGGCAGUUACCAAAUAUACCAGUGCCAAAUAGACUCGCCAAGUAAGCGUUUUUACAUCUAACCCCAAAGGCUCUUUUAAGAGCCACCCA